AUGACCACCCCUGUCGCACCGGCUCAUUCGAACGGCGCAGCAUCUCGCUCCUCGCUGGCCUGUCUGUCAUGCCGCUCGAGACACUUGAAGUGCGACGGAAAACGACCUCGUUGCGAUAGAUGUGCUGCCGCCGCAAAGGAAUGCAACUAUGCCCCAUCACGCCGGGGCGGCUUGGAUCGUGUAGCACUUGCUGAACGAAGAAAACGCCUUGCCGUCGUGAAUAGCGUCGGCAAUAGCAGUUCCGAGUCACCGACGAGUCUACCAUCGCAGCAAUCAUCAGAUUCACAAAUAUUCGGCCAAGACUCUCUUGCUGAGUUGAACCAUGGACUGGGUAUUUUCGAUGACGGUAGCCUCGAAAAUCAGAUUCCUACAUCGGUUCCGCCGGUACCCUCGACUAUACGACCGGAUGAUCCCAAGCACGAUGCACUUACAAACGCAUAUUACACUGAUUUCCACAAAUUCCACCCGUUUCUCCUACCGCAAGAGCAGUUUACGAGAUUUCGUCAAGAUCCUAAUUGGAUAGGACGACUCAGACCACUAAUAAGCACUAUGCAUCUUGUAGGACACAUUUACACUACGAGAACAUGGUCUUCAGAGCUCCAAGACGACGUCGAAAGUCAACUUUCUGAGCCAGCGCCGAUUGACCCGGUCAUUGUGCAAUGCCGGCUACUCUACUCCAUAGCCCUGUUCUGGUACAGCCACAAAAUGGAGGCUAAGUAUCAAAUGGACCUCGCAGUCCGCUUAGCACUCGACCUGCGAAUGUUCCAAAAGGAGUUCGCAGCAACUCAUGGAGCCGAGUCUACUAUGCUGAUGGAAUGUUGGAGGCGGACAUGGUGGAUGCUGUACAUCAUCGAUGCGUACUACGCUGGAACUCUCGGGACAAUGAACUUUGCAGUCGUGGAUGUAGACUCCAACGUAGAGCUACCCUGCAUGGAGUCAGAGUACGAAUCUGGGGACAUCCCGGAAUCGCAGUCUCUCGAAGAGUUUGACCUCCGCGAGUUCGCUUCGGAGGAUACGUCUUACUCUUCCUUUGCAUACCUCAUCGGCGCUGUAAGAUGCGCUGCCCUGGCAAUAUCUACGACACCGAGAUUAGUUGCCAGAGAGGACUCUACGCGUAUGAUUGAAGAAGCAGACUCAAUCAUCGACGGCUGGUCAUUACUGCUCCCAGAAGAUCGUCGCCAUGUCAUGUCCAAAACCGGAGAGAUUGAUGAGCUAAUGUUCCAGGCUCAUCUCUUGGUUAACGUAGCAAGCAUUGGUCUACAUCGACCUCUAUCAGAUCUGAGAUUCAACCCCGUAGAGUACAUCUCAAGUUGUGCCAGAGAGCCUCCUCAAGAGAACCUCGAGACAGAACUGAUCAAUGUGCAUACUGUCAGAGUUCUUCGGGCGGUGCAAGCACAGCUGAGGCUUUUGGCGCUGCCGACCGAACGAUUCCAUCACACUCCGUUCACCACCUGUAUGGUCAGUGAAGGGACGUUGGCACUGCUAUCGGCCUGCAGCUUUCUACUAAAGGGAAAUAUCGUAUAG